UCCCUUACCUUACCAAAACUACACUGUAUAAAUGGCAUACCUCUGAUGGAUGGCAUACUUAUCUCCAGAGUAUGACUACCUAUUCAAAGUGGUUCUAGUGGGUGAUGUGAGUCUUGGAAAGAGCUCCAUGAUCAGAGGAAUCACUGAUGGAUUUCCACCUGGUCCUCCUGUCAUCUCAAACAUUGGCGUUGACUUUGUUCCUUUCAAGUGGAUAAUAAAAUUGCCGAGUGUGAUCUGGUUGAGAGCAGACAAGUGAGCACAGAGAGAGGAAGAAUGUUUGCUGAAGAACAUGGACUCAAGUUUAUGGAGACCAAUGUUGUAACAGGAUAUUUUUAACUAGAGACAUGAGGUGCAUUGCGGACACCCUCUUGAAUCAGAAUGAACCAGAACAUGCAAGAAAGUCUAGGUCAAGAUGCUGAUAUUAACUCUACGACAAUUACUUGUUCUGUGACUUAGUGCCGUGGUAUUGUUGUGCUGUGGUCAUCUUAGAAAAAUUUGGCUCUGCCAAUGAUUUGCAGCUUUUGACCUUCUAGGUCCAAGCGUAAGCUAUAGGGGGUUAUUAGCCUCGUCCUCAGGCUUUUGUUUAGCUCUCGAUAUACAUGACUGUGAUGAAAAUGAUGGGACUUUACCUUUCAUUCCCUGUUCCUCUAAUAAUUAUGAGAACAGAGGGGAGUGCUUGAAGGGGCUGGAGUCGAGUCCUGAGCGCCCUAAGGCCUAAGGGUUAGGUAAAGAUCAUUAACUCAAUAACGCAUGUAUAGAUCUAAUUAUGGUUCUUGGUAAACAACAAAAGCAGGUCAUAUAUUAUAUUAUAGGACAUCGCAUAAAUUUGGCUUACACAACAGAGAAACCCUGAUAAAAGUGAACUAGCUAAGUGGCCAGGAAAAUAAAAACAAAGAGACAAGUCAUGAGUAGAUCUAACCCUCUGAGGCUGGGCCUGUCACACAUGGAACAGUCCCAGAGAUUUGUAAGGCCUAUAAGUCUAAAACCUGGCUUUAUGAAUGAGAAAGAUGUGUUGGAGAACGAAAGUGAACUUAGACCUACCACUGAAGAAGAUUCGGAAAGAGUCGAGGAAGAAGUAGUGGAGAUAUCGGGGGAGGGAAUUGAUGAGCUAGCAGAGAAUUCAUCCACAGAGGAGACAGUGACACCUAGGACGGUUGUUCAAUCAACCACACAGAAAAAGAAAGAUGUGUUGGAGAACGAAAGUGAACUUAGACCUAUCACUGAAGAGGAUUCAGAAAGAGUCGAGGAAGAAGUGUUGGAGAUAUUGGGGGAGGGAAGUGGGACGAUUCAAUCAACCCCACAGAAAAAGAAAGUCUCAUGGUGGAAGUUGACUGCCAUUGCAGCUGGCUCUGUGGUGGGUGGAGCUACUGUUGUUGUUGCUGCACCACUUGUAGUGGCUGGUCUCGGCUUCACAGCUGGUGGGAUAGCAUCUGGAUCCAUCGCAGCAUCCAUGAUGUCAGCUAUGGCUCCCACUGUGGCCGGAGGAAUUGUGGCCACACUACAGUCUGUUGGAGCUGCUGGGUUCAGUGCUGCAGGCGUUGCGGCCUUGGCUGGUGCUGGAGGCACUGUAGGAGCAGCAGCGACUGCUGGUACAGUAGCAUUGGCCAGUAGGAGGGAGAACGAGAAUGAGAGUUCUGAGACUGCUGAAGAUGAAACUACGUGAAGAUGACACUUAUUAAAAGUGUGUAUACAUGCAUGUAACAUUAUGUAGCUCAGUGUAAUUACAUGAACAGUCUGACAUGUUAUCACCAUUACAUUCCUUAAAUUAUAUACCUU